AUGAAGGAUAGUGCAUCCUCGGAAAGUUCCAAGGCUACUAUCGGCGUUACUCUUAGCAACGCUAUACCGAGUGAUGCGUCGUCACGAGCCCGUUCCAUUCUGGGCUCCAUGAAGGAGCACCGGGAAACGUUUUCACGGGUCGUACACCAUGGACAUUCCAGCCAUGGCGAUGAUUUCCGUAUGGCCUCAGCUGUGUCGUUGUCACCCAGUAAUCCAUUUUCGUCAAAGUCUGAAGAUACCAUGCUGACGAUUGCGCAGCAACUAAACGAUUCCUUGAACGAUAGGCGGCAGCGACUGUCUCGAGUUUCGGGUAUCGAUGUCGGUAACAAAACAACUACAGUCGACAGCGCCGCUGGAGAGAACGUGCGUACAGCUCCGACAUCCCCAGUGAGUCAACGUUCGGGACACACGGUUGCAACGGAAGAAUCCACGGUGGCAACGGGAACUUCGUCACCUGGACAGUCGUCCUUCGAUCCGUCGUAUGCGACAACCCAGCCUCCCGAUUCUCCGACACAACAGCAGCAGAGACUUGGAAUAGUUCAGUCUCGGGAACCCGUUGCGAUUGCCUCCACUGCGCAAUUGCCAUCGAACGAGGAAGUUGAGAAUCCUGAUAUUCUAGAGAAUGCGGACGUCCACGAGAAACAUGGCGGUUCCGACAGCAAGGCAGCUUGUGAAUCGGUAUCUACCGUCGACGUUAGCUUCGGUCCGGAGACGCAGUUUCGGCAUGUUCGCAGCUCCAAGUCGUUUGGUGACAGUGCGCUAGAAAGUCGUAAUGCUUCCGUUCCUCGAUCCAUCAUCACAACAAGCUCCUCGUUUGGUCAUUUUUCAUUUUCAUCGUCUCCGUAUGUAACGGACAAGACUACAUCCAAGCAGGAGACUGAUUUGCGUUUCUCUCCUUUGCCCCGGCUGUGUCAUAUACUUCCUGCGUCUAUACCCCCAGUGCCAUUGGAGGAUCCACUUUGGGCAGCAGUCGAUGAUUGUGCGUCUCCCUUGCUGCGUGGAUCCAAUCGAACGAACGACAAUUUGGAUAACACCGCUGGACAAACGGGCAAUAUUCAAGGCUCAUAUGCCACGCUCUACCCUAAUCAAAUUGAAGCUGAUGCUUGUAUUGAUGAAAUACACUCAGCUUCGCAGCGCUUGCAAUACGCAUCAGAUGAUGACAAUCAUCCGGCGCAAGGUGAAGCCGAGUACUCGCAGCAAUCGGCAGCCCGAACGUUACGCAGACCACACGAACUCGAAAAGAACGUAUGUGAUUCGACGUCUCCGGAUUACCGAGAAUUGCUCAACAUUUCAGUCGUUGAAGAGUAUGCUGACCGGCGCCGACUUCUCAAAGCCUUGCGUACCGACGACCGUCGACUAAAACAAGCUCCAACGGAGCUCACCGAUGCCUCCAACGCUGAAGAAGCAACGUCAAAUUCGGAUGCGCAUGGAAUCGGAGGGAGUUCGGAAGAAGACGAUCCUUUUAGCAGUGAAGAUUCGUCGCUGGAUUGUACUACCGACUCCGAUACAUCGGGUUGGGUCAGUAGUAGCGAUUCAAUUAACAGCGCGUUAUCGACUCGAGUCGGCAAGCGAUCAGUCGACUUUUCCUCACGGGAAGGAAAGUGCAGAGCAGAAUUGAAAGCGGACUGCGCAUCCGCCAACGUUUCGACAUCCCUGCUACUAUCUUCUAGUAACGACACGGCACAAAAAGUACCGCGGUCGGAACGGUUAAUUUGUCAAGGUGGACUGUUCUGGAUAGCUUUACGAUCCGAUUGGGAUCAGUCUCAUCCUGAUCGAAUUCAAACACUUCCCAAACCGAGCUCGGCUGACGUUCUUCACCUCUCGUCAGAUCUUCGUUGCGGCACGCAAGGAUCCAUGUAUGACCUCUGUCUGAAAUCUGGCUUCAACACGAAUGCCAAAACAUGGGAACCUGUUGAUUACGGCACGCAAGGAUCUAUAUAUGACCUCUGCCUGAAAUCCGGCUUUAGUACGAAUGCGAAAGCAACGGAACCUGCUGAAAUUCGAGAAGAGCAAUUCAACGAAGCACGAGGUGGUCUUUGGUAUUUGGCUAGUCGCUCUCCUCUCAGUAGGGACCGUCGGCUAGAGCCAUAUUCGGUUAAAGGAAAACCUCGGACAAGACCUCACGGCGCAAUCAAAAUUCAGUCUGACUACAAAACAGAUCGAGAGUGUGGAGCGAAAGGCACGCUGCAUCUAUGCAUGACGUUGCAGCUACAGGUGAAUUAA